CAAGGCCUCUGGAGCUGGCGCAGGGUCUUCCAACUCUGUGACACACCAGCAGGAUCCGCCCUGGGACACAGCCACAGAACAGAGUGACCAUCUGGGUGUCACCCCACCCCGAAACAGCCCCACGUCCUGCCAGGGGCUCUGCACCCAGGUAAGAGCCCCAAUGGGGUCACUGGUGUGGGUUGCAGGGCUGGGAGCUGGGUGGCGUGGUUAGGAGGGGCUGGGAAUUUUGGGAGCUGGGGGAGUGGAAGGCAGCAGCAGAGCCCAUCCUUGUGGCAUUGAGACACCCCCUUAUUUGUGGCUGUCACCCCCCUGGCCUGGUCACCCCCCUGCCAUCACUUUGGGGAUCCUGGAGGGGGUGGGCAGGACUUAGGGCUCGCUGCAGCCCAGGCGUGGUGUCGGGUGAUGGUCAGGGCGUGGGAUGCCCGCGGUGCUCGUGACAGGGGCUGCUGCCUCAGCAGAGUGGCAGAGAUAAGGCUGCAGCAAUCCUUCAGGGCUGGGGAAGAGAUAAGAGCAGGACAGGGAGCCUGGGGGCCUGCCUGCUGCUGUGAACCCCUCCCUCCCAGGUUUAUGUACUCCCCUGGUUGUCCUUCAAAACCACCUUCAGGGCUGGGAGCCACUGGGCAGGACUCCAUUCCUCUUUCUGCCAACACCAAGGGCAUCAUCAGCCCCAUGCACCAUCCCUGUGCUCCUCUUCCAUCCCCAAGGCUGGGGCUGCAGAGACCCCAAACACAGAGAGACAGAGCUCAUCGGGUAGUGAGCAAGGAUCUGGUCUCCAGCUGGGGGGUGGCAUAGCCUGGGGACAGUCCCACAGGCACAGAGGUGAUGUGCCAGGUAGGGAGUGGGACAUGAGGACAUGUGGAUUGGGAAGGGGACGCCCUAAGAAGGUGAUACUGCAUUGCUGGUGGGUCUGAACUGGUGGCACCAAAAACCCCAUUGCCAUGGGACUGGGCGAGUGGUGGGCAGCAGCGUAGCCCAGCCCUGGGGCAUCAGCCUGUUGCUGUCGCUUUGGGGAACAUUUUGCAGCGGGGAGCAAGCUUCAAAAACCCUAUCACCACGGGCUUGGUGCCAAGGGCCAAGAGGGGAGUAGGCCUGGGAAGGGCAGCAGGUACCACCCAAGCACAGCAAGCCCAUGGGCAGGGUGACUGGGAUUGCCCUGUGCUGCAAUAGUGCCUGAAGGGGUCAAACACCCCAUGAGUAACAGGGCUUUUCAGGUGCUGCAAAGCCUUGGAGGACCACAGGGACCUUGACUCUAGGCUGUUCCUGCCCUUAUAUGGUGAACACAGGCUGGGACAGGAGGGGACAAAGUUCUCCUGGGUGGUGGCACCUGAGCACUUUGCCUAGGUACGCUCACCUGUGCCCAGCUCUGCAGGGAAGGUCCCCUUGCAUGCAGCACCCGUCGCCAUGGUGGAGCUCAGCACCAAAGUCAGCAGGACACUCAACAAGACUACGCCGGGCAUCCAGAUAUGGCGAAUUGAGAACAUGGAGAUGGUACCAGUGCCCACCAAGAGCUACGGCAACUUCUUUGAGGGGGAUUGCUACAUCCUGCUGUCGACACGCAAGACUGGGAACAACUUCAGCUACGACAUCCACUACUGGCUGGGCAAGGAGUCGAGUCAGGAUGAGCAGGGGGCAGCUGCCAUCUACACCACGCAGAUGGAUGACCACCUGGGCGGGGUGGCUGUGCAGCACCGCGACGUCCAGGGCCACGAGAGUGAGACCUUCCGUGCCUACUUCAAGCAGGGACUCGUCUAUAAGAAGGGUGGAGUGGCCUCGGGCAUGAAGCACACAGAGACAAACACCUACAACAUUCAGCGCCUGCUGCAUGUGAAGGGCAAGAAGAACGUGGUGGCAGGAGAGGUGGAGAUGAGCUGGAACAGCUUCAACCGGGGGGAUGUGUUCCUGCUGGACCUGGGCCAGCUCAUCGUCCAGUGGAAUGGCCCUGAGAGCAACCGAAAUGAGAGGCUGAAGGCGAUGACCCUGGCCAAGGACAUCCGAGACCGGGAGCGCGGGGGCCGUGCCAAGGUGGGCGUAGUGGAUGGUGAGGAUGAGGGUGCCUCACCAGGGCUCAUGCAGGUCCUCACACAUGUGCUGGGCAACAAGAGGGACAUCAAGGCAGCUAUUCCUGAUGACACAGUGGACCAGAAGCUCAAGUCCUCCCUCAAGCUCUACCAUGUCACCAAUGCCGGUGGGAACCUGGUCAUCCAGGAAGUGGCAGUUCAACCCCUGACUCAAGACAUGCUCUUGCAUGAGGACUGCUACAUCCUUGACCAAGGGGGUCUCAAGAUCUUCGUGUGGAAGGGCAAGAAUGCCAACAAAGAAGAGAAGCAGCAGGCAAUGAGCAGGGCAUUGGCCUUCAUCAAAGCCAAGAACUACCCAGCCAGCACCACUGUGGAGACGGAGAAUGAUGGGUCCGAGUCAACUAUCUUCAGGCAGCUCUUCCAAAAAUGGACUGUCCCGAACCAGACUAGUGGGCUGGGCAAGACCCACACCGUGGGAAAAGUGGCCAAGGUGGAGCAGGUGAAGUUUGAUGUCACCACGCUGCAUGCCAAGCCCCAAAUGGCUGCACAGCAGAAGAUGGUGGAUGAUGGAUCCGGGGAGGUGGAGGUCUGGCGUGUGGAGAACCACGAGCUGGUGCCUGUGGAGAAGCGGUGGCUGGGCCAUUUCUAUGGUGGGGACUGCUACCUGGUGCUCUACACCUAUUAUGUGGGGCCAAGGGUGAGCCGCAUAAUCUACCUCUGGCAGGGCCGCCAUGCCAGCACAGACGAGCUGGCUGCUUCUGCCUACCACGCUGUCCACCUGGACCAGAAGUUCGAUAAUGAGCCUGUGCAGGUCCGUGUCACCAUGGGCAAGGAGCCAGCCCACCUGAUGGCCAUCUUCAAGGGCAAGAUGGUGGUGUAUGCGGGUGGCACCUCGCGUGCAGGCAGCACGGACCCCAUACCUUCCACCCGCCUCUUCCACGUGCACGGCACCAAUGAGUACAACACCAAGGCCUUCGAGGUGCCCGUCCGUGCCUCCUCCCUCAACUCCAAUGAUGUCUUCGUGCUCAAGACCCCCAGCUGCUGCUACCUCUGGUAUGGGAAGGGCUGCAGCGGGGAUGAACGUGAGAUGGGCAAGAUGGUGGCCGACAUCAUUUCCAAGACAGAGAAGCCAGUGAUUGCAGAGGGACAGGAGCCGCCUGAGUUCUGGAUGGCCCUGGGUGGCAAGUCCCAGUAUGCCAACAGCAAGAGGCUGCAGGAAGAGAACCCCUCCGUGACCCCUCGUCUCUUUGAGUGCUCCAACAAGAAGGGCACCUUCCUAGCCACAGAGAUCAUAGACUUCACCCAAGAUGACCUGGAGGAGGAUGAUGUUUACCUGCUGGAUGCCUGGGACCAGGUUUUCUUCUGGAUUGGGAGAGGUGCAAAUGAGUCAGAGAAGGAGGCAACAGCGGUGAUGGCGCAGGAGUACCUGCAGAGCGACCCCAGUGGGCGUGACCCUGACACCCCCAUCAUCGUGGUGAAGCAAGGCUACGAGCCCCCCACCUUCACUGGCUGGUUCCUGGCCUGGGACCCUCUCAUCUGGCAUGAAAAAAAAAGCUACGAGAAGCUGAGAGCUGAGCUGGGGGAUGAGAGCAGCCUGGGGCAGCUCACCUCUGCGCUCACGUCCAGGGAAGAGGUCUUCACUGCCACCACCCCCCUCCUCCCUGAAAAACUGGAGACCUUCCCCCUGGAUGUGCUGGUGAACACCUCGGCCGAGGACCUGCCGCGGGGCGUGGAUCCCAGCAGGAAGGAGUGCCACCUCUCUGACCAGGAUUUCCAGGCUGUCUUCGGCAUGAGCCGCUCUGCCUUCGGGAACCUGCCCUUGUGGAAACAGCAGAAACUCAAGAAGGACAAUGGACUCUUCUAAGGCAGGAGCCUGUGCCCCUGGGACACUCCCAGCUUGUUAUUUUUAUUAAAUAAAAUAUAUUUGGAGAGCAGG